AUGGAAUCUUUCGAGACCCGUGAUCACAGGGCAAGUGAAAGUCCUACUCCAUCCGACAGGGCAUUCAAUGUAAAGGGAAGGCACAUGCGCCGGGGUGGUGUAGGGUCCGGACUUUCGCGGACUGCUGCUCUGCGGCCUGUGGAGCCGCUUGGGAUGAGCGAGAAGGAGAAGGGAAAAGGCGACAAGAAGAAGGAUGACAAGAAGAAAGAUGACAAAAAGGCUGCAGCGAAAGGUCCCGCGAUAAGCUUGGACCCACCCAGUGGGACACGAGACUUUUUCCCCGCCGACAUGAGGUUUCGCAACUGGCUUUUUGGAGCUUUCAAAGAGAUCGCUCGUAGAUAUGGGUUUCAGGAGUACGACGCGCCGGUCUUGGAGAACGAGGAGCUUUAUAAGAGAAAGGCCGGCGAGGAGAUCACCGAACAGAUGUACAACUUCAUCGACAAGGACGGUGCGGCGGUCACUCUGAGGCCCGAGAUGACGCCGUCUCUGUCCCGGAUGGUUCUCAGCCUCAUGCGUGCCGAAACAGGUGAGAUGUCGGCCCUUCUCCCCUUGAAGUGGUCCUCCAUCCCACAGUGUUGGCGCUUCGAGACUUGCCAGCGCGGUCGGAAGCGCGAACACUACCAGUGGAACAUGGAUAUCGUCGGCAUCACCUCGAUCCAUGCCGAGGUUGAGCUGCUUUCAGCCAUUACGUCCUUCUUUGAGCACGUGGGAAUCACGUCGAAGGAAGUGGGUAUCAAGGUGAAUUCGCGGAAAGUUCUCGGAGCCGUGUUGAAGAAUUCUGGUGUACCGGACGAGCGAUUUACCGAGACCUGCGUCGUGAUAGACAAGCAGGACAAGAUCGGAGCCGAGGCCGUCGUAAAGGAACUGACUGAGAAGAUCGGCCUGGACCAGGCGGUUGCGCAGCGGAUCGUCAAUGCCACGGCCGCCAAGACGCUGGAUGAGUUCGCAUCCUUGGCGGGUGUUGGCGAGAGCCCAGAGGUGGUUGAGCUGCGGCAACUCUUCACGCUGGCGGAAGAGGAAGGCUUUGGCGACUGGUUGAUCUUCGAUGCCUCCGUCGUUCGAGGUCUGGCCUAUUACACCGGUGUGGUCUUCGAAGGUUUCGACCGUGCCGGCGUUUUGCGCGCCAUCUGCGGUGGUGGCCGGUACGACAGAUUGCUGACACUUUAUGGAUCUCCCAAGGAGGUUCCAUGCGCAGGCUUCGGCUUCGGAGACUGCGUUAUCUACGAGCUCCUCAAGGAGAAGAAGGUGCUUCCCGAGUUGCCCCACAAAGUGGACUUUGUGGUAGCAGCCUUCAACCAGGACAUGAUGGGCAAGGUGCUGGAGGAGUAUUCGCAGGCGCUGAAAUGCACUACGUUUACGGAUUGUGAGCAGGUUUGUUUCGUUCAUGCACCUCGCCUCGCGCAAGCGGCACAGAGGUUGCCGCACAACGCGCCUUCGAGGCUGUUGCCGGGAGAUGCAGUCGAAACGGCAGGGGCAGCAAAGCCUGCGGCAACAAAGGACUUGCCAGACAUCCUCCCCAAGACAGCUCCGUCCAUGGUCCGAUCCCUGCUGAAGGGCCUUGAACCGGCCUGGCGCUGCGAGGCGGAGCUUGCUCCGGAGCCUUUGGCAGCAUCGGCGCAGCGAGGUGCCGUCCUUGUUGCUGCGGAGGCGUGGGCAACUGAGUUGGGAGAACUCUUGCAGUCAGCCCCGGACUGGACCGUGAGGCAGCACGGAGAAUGGGCGGUGGGCAGCAGCCUCGAAAGGCUCACCGCCUUCUUGCGCUGGCUGACUGGCAUUGUUUCCAGGACUUGCACAGAGCUGAUCGAUGCUACGCCGUCUACCACGGCUCUGGAGGAGCACAGCGUGGCACUGCGCAGCGUUGCCCGCCUCGUCAGCCGCAUGUCAGGCUACAUGCAAGGAGCUUUGGGCAGCAUGGAUCCAGUCAGACCCAUCUCCGCGCGCUUGGGGGCAGCGGCCGAGGGCUUGCAGCAGGCUGCGGAGGAGCUGAGGGAGAAGGCUAGCCACCUCCUGCACGACAUGGAUCCACCAAAGGAUGAUGCAAGUGCCUCGAGGCAGCACCGCUUCCAACAAGAAGCGCCUCCACGAAGCAACUUGAUGCGCCAAAGCAGGCCCCGAUCUAUCUUGGGAAUACUAGCAGGACAUCCCGACUGGCAGCUUCCCGAUGAGGCACAGCGUGUGCAGACCCUUCGGCAGCACCUAGAGGAGCGCCGUGAUGGCGGCACUGGCCAAGAAGAGCGCAAGGUACUGAUUGACCGGCAGAUGGAAGGGAGGCGGCCCGGGACGACGGUACUUGCCUUCGGUGCGGCGCGGGAGCGCGCGGAGAACCGUGCUGCUCAAGACUUUGCUUUGCUGGUUGGCAUCCGCUGUGCGACGCUGCGCAUGCCGAUAGACAUCAUGGAUUUCGAAGCGUUGCAACCUCUUUCGCUUUCGCCCAAGGACACCGACAAUGACGGGGUCGUGUCGGCAGAAGAGUUUCGAGCCGCACGAGUUCAAGAGCUGAGGCUCUGGGUGGCGAAGACGACUGAGCCUACACGGUGGAGCCUCUCCCGGCGCAAACCCCUUCCACGUGAGUCUUCUCCCGGUGGGCGAUGCCCAUCUCCGAAUCUCCGACGAGUGGUGCACCCAGUGCUCAAAGCGGCGCAGCUCGAGCUCAAAGUUGGGGCCGCCUGUGAAUACGAUACUUCGGAGAUGCAGCAGAAGACCACGACUGUUUUCAACGCACUGCAAGUCGCGCGCUUGCUGCGCAAGGUCUAUGCGGAAGCAUCGAAGAAAGUUGCAAAGGCCUUUAACUAUGCAGACCGUGCCGGCGCAGAGAGAAUAGCGUUUGUCGCUCCGGAUGAGUGGUCCAAGGGCUUAGUUCGCAUCAAGGACCUCCGAAACUUCAAGGCGACAGACCCAGACGACCUCAAGCAGAAAGAUGUCCCCAUAGACGACUUGGGGAAGGUUGACAGCUACUUUGGCGGACAGGUCAUUUCGUGCUGCAGCGAGAUGCCAUACCGUGACGUAACCUUUCAUGCUGAUGCAGUUGUGUCCCCUUCUUAUGGGUUUGGAGUCUGA